CCAGAACAACGGAGGUAACGGACAAGCGCGAAGCAGCGUUUCCUUGCGCUAGCGCAUUUCUUGCACCUACGGGCACACGACGAAGAAGUCAAACUUCAACACCAUGAAGCUCCUUCGCUGCAUCGCGCUAAUUUUCUGCAUAACUGCGGUAACGCAUGCAAAUUGGGAGAGAGUGAGGCGUGUGAAGCCUCAAUUAGUGGGAGGAUGGAGGGAGCACAAAUUUCCGUCGGCAUCGAACAAGUUUAUCAAGCUUGCCUAUCAAGCCUUCUCUGCCGCUCUUGGAGAACCUCACCUUCAUGGAGUAAAUUUAAGAGUUUCAAAAGCUGCCACACAGGUGGUGGCGGGGCUGAACUAUAAGCUCGAAGUAGAACAGGCUCAAGUGAGCUGCGGUUUUCAGCAUCCGGACACCUGCACUGUACCAGCAUACCUCAGCUUAUUCUGGAAUAUUGUGGUCACUUUGGUCUACGUCUGCAUUCUUUUCAGCAAAGAUGCAUCCCAACGACACCACACGAGCGCAACCGCAAGGAACGUGGAAUCAUCCUCAAAGUCUCGUCUGUUUCACAGGAAAGGUUGUCGCUGUGUGCAACAUUGAAUUCUUUCAUUCACUUAGAGCACCGGUGCCAAAUAUUACAUCAUUUGAGUGCAAGGAACCGUCGUUCGAAGAAUAAAUGCGAUGCUCAGUGAAUGCAGGUAAACUGUCAAAGCGGAAUGUUGUUCUGGGCCGCAACAGGCACCUUUUGUCGAUGCUACUUUGCUUCACUAAAAUAAAACGAAACUAUGCACCGUUUUA